AUGUCAGAGUUAUUUGAUACACUUCGCCUCGACAAAGCGGAGUUCUCCCGGAUGAGAGCCAUGUCUGCGCUUGCGGACGAUGAUCUCCGCACGCUUCUCUCCGGGUUCUCCAUGCUACCCGACAGACCCGUUGGAUGCCCGAACUCCUCUCCGGUCAAGGGGUUCUUCAGCUCCCCGGUGAAGGAACAGAGUGCAGCGGCAUUCCUUGGGAGUCGGUACUACCAAAGUCUUUACCUUUUGACUACACCCUUGACAUAUUUUCCCAAAACCACACUCACACGACUAAAAGUGUUAUGCCAGGGAGAUCUGGAGCUUGAGACAACAUUGUACCUGGUACUUCUAACUAUGGAAGGUUUUGACAGGCGCCACACUGGGAGGUUAGGACUCCUUGAGGGACCAGUGGCCAGUCAUAGGGACCAUAUAGAAAGCGAGACAGUUAACCGGGAAAAGUUGCUAGAGCGCUAUGCCGGGAUUUUGGGGGUUUCGGAGCCUCCAGUAGGAGACACCGCUAACGAGCCCACAAAAGAGGAUAAGGUUUACAGUCUUGUGCUCCGCUUGAAGGUGCGCGAGGCACAGCUCCAGAUUCUCGUCUUGUUCGAAAUGUUUUUGCUCAAAAACGUGGAUAUCACGGUUGUAAAGCACCAGGCGGCAAAGAAGCACCAGAAAAUUCCUGUAAAGUCUCUUGUGCGGAGUAAGAGUCGGAUGAAAAGGCGUUUGGUGCCGACGUUGGUAAACCCAGAAUCUCUUGAAGGACCUACCGAUGGGUUUCAAGCGCUGCUAUCUGACGGAAAAAUUGACUACACAGACCUCCUACUGCGGUUGGACACGUUUAUCGAUCGGUUGGCAGUAUGGGACGCACUUCUCGCACAGGGGCCAAAGUCCGAAGACAGUGCUGUUGGCUUUGUCGCCUACGUGAUCAACCCUUACUUUGGAAAAAAGUCCUUGCAGUUGGUUAACUAUAUGCUCGAUAAGAUCAAAGGUCCCAGCUUCAAGCAACGGAAGAAGAGACCCGUUCUUGAGGAACCAGUGAAUCUGGAGCCACGGAUGACACGCAGUGCCUCUCCGUUGCCCCUUCCUGUCCAGCUUCCGUUGCCCCUUCCGUCUUUGGAAGGGGAAGAGAGAAGUUUCCGACGGGUUCCCGCCCCACCGCACCUAACAACACUCACACGGUCCAAGUCCAACCUGGAGCGCCCUCUUCUGCUCAAACGCGCCUCUUCCACUUCCUUCACGUCCAAGAACUUGGAAAAGCGUCAAGUGGACCUCAGUAUGCCUCUAUUAAAUCCCGAGGCCCUGGAGAAAAAGCCCCAGGGUGUGAAGCAGGCUAAAUCUGGGUUUAUGAACGAAUCCGGUGGGAUCUUCACCAAGGCCGCCAGCGGAACGUCGCUUGCGACCCAGUCCUUUUCCCAGGUUGAGGCCACCCCUAGUUCGAACCGUAUCCGCCAUGUGAACCUUGAGGAAAAAGUUGUGUUUGCCACUCCUCAAGUGAAAACCCUUAGAACGCAAAUUGAUAGCGCUGAAAGAACGGAGAGUGAGGUGAUCCAGAGCUCGCCUAUGCACUUUGCCAUUGAUUCGUCACCAUUGGGCAAAGCCUCUCGCCCAGAAGAGGGUGUAUCUCUUGGAAGCAGGGUCAAGCGAAGAUUGUUUGCCCCGCAAAAUUAG